AUGGAAGAUUUGCUGGACCUCAGUGAGGAGUUCAAGGACUGCAUCAUCCUACCGAGCCGCCAAGCUCCCAGCGCAGCCGCGUUCCGGAUCUGGCGGAAGUCCUAUCCGCAGCUGCAGGCGCAGUGUGGGUUUCACAGCCAAGCUGCCUUUGCUGAUCUUUCACGAGGCUCCAGCCCUCCCACCUACCGCGACCUUGGUGACAUGGACAGCGCUGCUGGACCCAGCGGCAUCCCCGAAGCACCACCCUCGCGGGAGAAGGGUGGCCUCGCAGUUUGGGGCGAGGAAAGCGAGGCACUGCUACCACAGCUCACCAACUUCGAGCAGUUCCUGGAUGAGCAGCCGGAUGAGGUUCAGGCCCAGCUCAGCUUUGCUUCCUACGAAAUGGAGGAGGAGGCUAAUGUGGACACUGACGAGGCGUUCUGGAUGUCCUUGGAAGAAUCCAUGAUUACACGGUUUUGGGUUCAGAAGGCUAGGAAUGUCUUGACAAUCUUGCGAAGAAAUUCUGCUGUGCGACCUACAGGUGCGGCUAACCUUAGCGGAGAGCUUGCCGCAGCCCUGGGAAGGAAGCCUGCUUGGGUACAGGUGUUUGAGAUCAGUGACUGCUGGUGUGAGGCCGAAGCUGCAAGACUUGGAUCCACUGGCGCAGGCGCAUCAGGGUCCUGA